ACUCCUUCACACUACUCCCAUUCACUGUGACAUGACCGGCAUAAAACGUUCCUGGGAAGGAAAUCCCCUCGUCGACAAUACCAAAUCCACUACCACCACCGCCACCACCACCAACAACAACAAAAACACAAACGCAGCAAUGGACGAACCGUCGAGCAAAGUGCUCUCGAUCUUCGGGACGUUUCGCGAUGAGUUGGAUGAGCACCAUGAUCGGAGAGAGAGGAUUAUCAAGACGUCGAGGGAUAUCACGGCGUUAAGUAAGAAGAUUAUCUUCUCGUUACAGCGAACCCGCACCAUAAAAUCCCCCCUCCCCCCCACCAUCGCCAAAGAAACAACCACCCGCUUCUCCCAAAUCUACUCCCUCUUCACCUCGCUCACUCCCGACCUCACCGCCGUAAACACCUGGCGCUACCAACGCAACAUCAGCCCCGGCAUCCAGGAAUUCAUCGAAGCAUUGUCGUUCCACCACUACAUCCUGACACAGGAAUUGAUUACGAAGGAGGAGGUGCAGGCGAAAAUGCCGCGGGAGGUGCUUGUUACCGAGGAGGAUUAUCUCAUGGGGUUGUUUGAUUUGACGGGGGAGAUUAUGAGAUUUGCGGUUACGGGGUUGUCGUCGGGGACUGCUUCUUCGCAGAAGGAUCAGGAGAAACAGGAGGAGAAUAAAGGGGAGGGUGGUGAAGGGGCUGGGGAGGGUGAAUUGAGGAUGCUUCCUGAGUCGCAGGCUGGGCUUGUGGUUGAUCUACGGGCUAUGCGGGCGUUAUUUGAGAUGUUGAGUGUUCCGCGGCGGUAUCAUAUGCUCCGUGAUUUGGGAAAGAAGAUGGAAGUUAUGCAGACUAGCGUGGAGAAGGUCGAGAAGGCUGCGUAUGGGAUUCUGGUCCGUGGAAGCGAGCGACCAGCGGGAUGGAUGCCGGAUUUGUCGCAUGCGAUUGACGUGGAGAGCUAUUAA